ACUUGUAAUUUGUAUCAUCUAUUUAGCAGUGUUAAAAUAUUAGCAAAAUAAAUGUUUUAUCCCUUUCUAAUAUCCUAAUUUUUUUCUAAAAGAUUUUUUAUAAAAUCUAAAUAUGGAUGAAGACUACACCGCAAGUAGUGAAUAUGUUUUCCGCGGUAUUGAAUAUUAUGUGACGAUCAAAACUUAUAAAGGAGGAACUUGUCUGUCAGUUGAAGUUGAAGAUAAAGUGACUUCAGAGCAGUGGAGAGGAAACUUCGAUUCUCAAUAUAUUGAAGACCUCACUCAUAAAACUGGUAAUUUCAAGCAAUUCUCUGUCUUUGUGUCAAUGCUUGAAAGUGCAUUGGAGAAGAGCACUGAUUCAGUCUCGCUCGACCUUCUAACAUUUAACGACCUUGAGUUGCUAAGGAAACGUAAAACUGAUGGUGUUGGUAGAAGCUGCACUCAACCAAAUCGUCAAAAUGAAAAUAAGCGAUAUUUAAUUCUUGUUUAUUCUGUUGAGUUUGACCGAAUCCACUACCCUCUUCCCCUCCCCUUCCAAGGCAAGCCAGACCCCGCUCAUUUACAAAACCUUGUGCGUAAAUUAAACGAAGAGAUUUCCAAAUUAAAAUCAGAGAAAGGAAACCGUUUCCGUGGUGAUGAUGAUGGGUUACUAAGGUUGAAAGAGGAUUACGAAAGUUUGCUACAAGAAAAGAAGGAUCUGGAAUCUGCAUUUGAUGAUUUAAAGUUGGAAAUCCAAGGAAGUAACAAGAUGGUGGUCACAAAAGAGGUGAAAAUAUUAAAGAAAGUUGUUCAAAACUUGGAGUUAGAGUUGAUGAAAGAAAAGACGAGAUACCAACGACAGUUAUCUAAGAAGUCGACGGAAGUUAAAAGAUUGAAUUCGGAGUUAAGCGAUUUAUCAGCACGAGAACGAACGCUUCAUAUUCGGGUUAAAAGUUUGACGAAUGAGCUGGCAAUUUAUAAAAGAAGUCGCACCCCAGUGGCCAACACUCGACAAUCAUCUGGUGGCCGUAACUCAGUCAUGCGGAACCAAUACUCACGAAACUCGGUGAACCGGAACCGCCCCGAAAGAUCUUUAUCAAGGGGAUCGAACUCAGGAUCAUUUUAUCACCGUUCUGUAUCACGUGAGAGGGUAUCACGAAAUCGACCACCAUCAGUGUCACGUGAAAGGUCUUCAUCACGAGAUAACAGAUCAUUGAUGAGCAGAGGCAACAAAAGUCGAACCCCAACCCCGAAUCGCUUCUCCAGGUUUAACCCAACGCUUUAUAACGAGGAGAGGAAAAGAAAACUACAAGAAUCUCAAGAGAGAAUGAAAAGAAGAACAUCUGCUGGUUAUGUUCCCGCAUCCAAAGAAAGAGGAAGAGCAAGGAAUCGGCGGAACUCCUCUCAGGAUCGAUCCCUUGCAUCCAGGAGGAGACAAGGAUCAAUUGAGAGCAGAAACUCAUCCGAUAAUAGUUCAAUUACGCGGUUUAAAUCGAGAAGGAAACCCACUGUUUGGGACGACAGUCCACUAGCUCCAUCCAGUGUCAAACCACACCGGUUAUCGAGCACACCAAACAUGGAGCGACACCGAGUGAGCAAAGUAACGAGAGACACGGACAUUGACGAAAUAGACGCAAGGUUAGAUGCACUACAACAGUAUAUGAAAGAAAUGGAGAAAAAAUGAAAACUAUUGCUUCGUUUUAUAUUUUUACACUGAUAUAGAUGGUUCUGGAUGUGAAAGAAUUUAUUACGCUGUGGUUGGUGGACUGUUUUUACAUGUGUUACAUUUUAUUAAAUACUGCAGUCUGCAGAAUAUUAUUCUAUAUCAAAUCCUUUUUCCCCUAUAUAACGAUGGCUGUAAAAUAUCUAUAAAAAUAUUUCAUAAGGGAAAUGUUAUAUUAAUGCAGACAAUGAACUUGUUAAACUGAAAAUAAGUUAUGUUACGAACUAGAUGAUUUGUUUAAAUGAAUCAGUCUAGUUGCUACAACCAUGCUUUGCUACAUCCAAUAGAAAGUUAUAGGUGUUCAUUUUAAUUUUGUGAUACAUUUUUUUCUGUGAGCACAACAGCAAAUAUUUUUCUAAAUUUUUGCUAACCUAGUCAAUCUUUUUUUUAAAUUUAGGAUUGGUAUUUUAUUUAUUUUUAUUACACUAUUUCAUAGCCUUGGACCAAAUUAUUUAACCCACACAUACAACUCAGCUAUUUCAUCAUCUGUAUUGUUUAAACAAAUGUUGUGCCUUAGAAAUAUAGAGGUAGCUGAUUUUUAUCUUUGAAAGUUGCCAUUUAGAUAAUAUACCAAAGCCC